AGCCUGCAGCAACCCUGAAUGGGCUGCUCCCUGACGGCUCUGACUUGCAGCAUCUCCCUGCUUUAAAAUUCCAUUUAAGCUUUGAACGCGUGUUUACCGGGGCUGCGGGGGGCGAGAGGACGACAAUGUGCGGCUAGACGGACGAGCCCGCGUAAUUAGACCCCACUCAUCUGGCCUGUCCUCGCUGCGGCUGCCUCGCCUCGAAUUCACAGGACCAUGCCUCUGGAUCCAGACCAGCCUAACCCCAAGGAAGAUGCAUCCUGUAAUCCAGAUAAAGCCAGGGAUGAUGAGAGCUUCGAUAUCUCCCAGGAAUCUGUUCGAAAGAGGAUUCAACAAAACACCCCCAGUCCUCACGGAGAGAAUACUCUGCAGACAGCAAGUCCCCCUCAAUUUGUGUCGGAGGAAGAACUAAUGGAAGCGGCUAAAGGGGUUACCAACAUGGCCUUGGCUCAUGAGAUUGUUGUUAGUGGAGGUUUCCAGAUUAAACCAGUCCAACUUCCUGAUGGCAGCUUGGAGAAGAGGGUUCGGGACAUUUUGCACAAAGCAUUCUGGGACUGCCUGGAAGCUCAGUUCAGGGAGGAUCCCCCGGUGUACGGCCACGCAAUUAUACUGCUGGGAGAAAUAAAGGAGGCACUUACUUCCUUUCUGUUGCCCGGUCACACUCGAUUGAGGAACCAAAUUAAUGAAGUUCUAGACUUGGACCUUAUUAAACAAGAAGCUGAGAACAGAGCUUUAAAUAUCUCCAAACUGGCAGAAUUUAUUAUCGGUAUGAUGGGAACGUUGUGCUCGCCUGCUCGGGAUGAAGAGAUUAAGAAACUCAGGGAUAUUAAAGAGCCUGUAUCCUUGUUCAGAGCAAUUUUCUCCGUCUUGGACCUAAUGAAACUUGACAUGGCAAACUUUGCUAUAAGCAGCAUUCGGCCCCAUUUGAUGCAACAAUCCGUGGAGUACGAACGCAAGAAGUUCCAGGACUUUUUCGACAAAAAAACAAAUGCUCUAGAAUUUGUCACCCAGUGGUUACAGGAAUCUGCCCGUGAUCUGGAGACUUUGCAAAGUAAGAACUCUGAGCAUCUGAAGGCAGAAGCUGCACCUGCGUCCAUGUCUCCUGUCUCUGUUUUGAAUCAUGCCUACAUGAAACUGCUAACAUGGGACCACCAGCGUAGGCUUUUCCCAGAGACCGUGUUAAUGGACCAAACACGUUUUCAGGAGAUGCAGCAGGAGCUGGUGAAGCUCACCCAGGAGGGAACGCUACUGUUAAUAAUACACAAUUCAACCGGUUCUGCUCUUUCUGGACUUCCUGGGUUUACGGACAGAAUGAAGGCUCUUAUCAGAGUGUUACUGCAGGAUGUGGACUCUCAAUCUAACAAUGCAGAAGAAAUUUGGGCUAUGCUUAGCGAGAAGAUCUGCAUGGAGGUUAACACAACGCUUACUCAGCAUGGCUUCACUCCCAUCUCUGGAGAAAAUCUGGAGUCUUUUAAAGGACAAAUACAGGCAGCUGUAUCCCCUUCUAACCACAUAUAUCGGCUAAUAGAAUCUAGGGUCCAUAUGUUUCUCCUGAGCUACCUGUUUGCCACUAAUCAGAGACCCCUUCCGGUGAUACCCGGAGGACUGGGCCCACUACACGAAGAACUUGAGAGGACAGCAGUGAAAUUUGCACGUCUGGUUAACUACAACAAGAUGGUGUUUAGUCCAUAUUAUGAUUCAAUCCUUGGUGUUAUAUUGAAUAAGUAGCGUUGCCAGCCCUAAGGUUCCAUU